AGGGAAUGGGGUUUAAUUCAUCCAAAAGAACAUUUAUGGUUGCAGUUCAUGUGUUUUGUUCCAUGAGUAAAUUAACUUGGGAUAAGAAGAUACAUGCUUAUAUGAAGUGGGGACUUUCAGAAGACCAGAUUAGUGAAUCUUUUGGGAAGAACCCUUGGAUUAUGGCAUGCUCUGAAGAAAAGAUUCUACUGGGAAUGGAUUUUUUCGUCAACAAAAUGGGUUUAAAUCCUGCUGAUAUCUUGAGUAACCCUGUGAUUAUAAUGCUCAGUUUGGAGAAGAGAAUCAUUCCUAGAUCUCUUGUUUAUCAGACAUUGACUGCCAAAGGUUUACUUAGGAAGGAACUAAAGCUGCUUGUUAGGAUGUUGAAAGCGCCUGAAGAGAAGUUUCUAAUAAAUUAUGUGAAAUGCUAUGAGAACAAAGUUCCUGAUUUGAUGAAGCUAUAUCAGAUGCCUGGGCUAAUGGUGGUGCCAAAUUAGACCUUCUCGUAUUGAUUACUGUGAUGACAGGCUUCCUGAGGUUUCCUCUGAUUCACCUUAUUAUUUUGGAAAGAUCAUAAUCUUGCAGUUUUGUCACUGUAAUUUUGUUCUAACUUCUAGGUAGUAGUAAGCCAUUGAGCUAAGAAGUUUUAAAUAAAUAUGUGUUGCAGCCAAAAGAUCUGCUACUUGUGAAGCCACAAUUCAACAUCCAAAUUGUAUUAUCUUUUGACCAGAAAAUACAGACCUAUUUGGGAAUCUAAUCCGGUAUUUAGGGACUAUCAAUUGGUAUCAGAGACAAAGGAAGCUGAAUAACAACAAAGACAAAGAUAUCUGCGCUGCAAUGCUGAUUCAACACGAUUGAACACCAAGGGGGAGAUUCUUAGGAAUAUUUUAUGGUGUCCAAUCUAAUUAAAUAUCUUUGUAUUUGUGUAAUUAUUAUUUAAAAGUGUAAUACGGGCCACAAAUGUGUAUCAGCCCGUUAACUUCCUUGUAACCCGUAAGUUAGCCAACUUCUCCUAUAAAAGGAGGCUAACUUACGGGAACCCUAACGAACGAUCGAGGCUUUAGAGAAUAGAGGCGUAGAGAUAGAAAGAUUAGGGUUGCCGCUGCUCUACUUCUGCAGGGAGAACAGCGGUCAAUUCAUACGGUAUACCAGAUUCGGUUCAUCUUCUCCAUAUCUUUCUAUCUGUUUCUUCUUUCACUGCUAUGAUUGUUUGAUUGUUUUAAGUUCUGGGACUAUCAGAGCUGAGGCGUGAACCAGGUUGAAUGUAUCUGCGAUUUUUCGUAUCUUACGAACAACUGCUCUGCUUUUCUUCUCUUUUUGUUCAUAUAGAGUUUUGCUCAUGUUAUCUUGUUUGUGAACGAAAAUCUGUAAAAAUUAUACUGUUGGAAUCGCCUUUCAAAACCGAUCCAGC